GAGGAGAGUUCAGUUCCUGGCGCACGCGCACCGCGCCGCUGUUUAUGGACCUUCUCAGCAGCCGAGCCGAGCCGAGCCAUGGCUAAGAUCCGGGUCUCGUACGAGUACUCGGAGGCGGAGGACCGCAGUAUCCGGCUCGGCCUGUUCCUGAUCGCCAGCGGCGUGCUGUCUCUCUUCAUCCUGUGCCUGUGCUGGCUGAGUCCCGCGCUGCAGAGUCUCCGCAGCCGCCCGGCCAACUGCACGGUGCUGAGCGUGCGGCGCCUGGACGAGCGCUUCGAGUGCGUGUUCACGUGCGGGGCGGACUGUCGCGGCACGUCGCUCUACCCCUGCCUGCAGAUCUUCGUCAACAACUCGGCGUCCGGAGCCGCCGCGCUGCUGCACUACGACGAGCAACAGCUGCUGCUCAACCCCAAGUGUUCUUAUGUUCCCAAAUGUGAGCGAGAUAACCAGAAGAUGCGAGAAGACAUCCUAAGGUUACAGCACUACUGGAGUGAAGAGGGUAGCAACCAGUCCUUCACCUGCUUCUUCAAUCCUCAGAGGAGGCCAGACGACGUGCUUUGGCAACGUUCCCAUGAUGCCAGCGUGUUUUUGCACUGCGUGCUGUGGCCGAUGCUGAGUCUGCUGGUCGGGACGCUCAUCGUGCUCCUUACGGUCUGCGCUCGCAGUUUGGCCGUACGAGCCGAGGCCAUUCAAAAGCGGAAGUUCUCCUAAGAACCACUGUGGACUGAAAGACAUUUAUUUGGCUUCUGAGGUGCGCCUGCACACCGCUUGCUAAGCUGUGGAGCAUCGAUAGCUAAACCCCCGGUAUGUUCUGUGUGGGGCUAAAAGCCCGGGAAAGUUUGGGCCGUUCCGGUGUCAGUGCUCUGGUACAGUAAGUCCAGAUUCCUUAGGCCUAGCUGAGGACAAUCGACUAUUUUCAUAGGAGUAGAAGUCCCCCCCCCCCCCAACUCCCCCCCACGCAAAGCUUGUUGGCUUUUGUUUGUCGUAGGUGUGUGGGACUGAUCCGAUGAAACUAAAAUGCUGUUCUUAAGUGGUAUUUGUGGUUAUGUCUAUUUAAGCCAUAUAGACAAGACGUAGGCUACACAAAGCAACUGUGUUGUUCUUCCUCAGUUGCUCUGGUGUAACAGUGAUCUGUGUUCAUUCCACUUCUGUGCUUGUCUCGCCGUACUACGUCCAUCUGUGUGAUCUGUGCCUGUUUAAGUUUCUACAAGACUAUCAGUAAGCUAUGAGUAGCAUGGUAAUGAUGCUUUAAGUAGCAUUUGCUAAUGUAGCAAGAAAUGAAACAUUGUCUAUUAAGUAGCUAUGUAUUUGGGCACCUUUUACUACCUCUUCUAUGUCCGUCUCCUUCACUGGCAAAUACGCCAUUAAACAUUCCUUAAUUUAAACUUUUUUUCAUGUCGCAUAACUUAGCGUUAGCAACUCAUGCAAGUGUAAGACUCACCGCUUUAACUCAUGAUACACUUUGACAUGUGGUGAUGCUACAUACUGUACUGUAUGUUGUUGGUUGUUUAUUGAAUUCUGCCUUGUGCCCACCACACAUGAGGUAUUGUAACUCAAAUUUCUUAUUUAUUAAUGUCGUUUAAAACAUCAGUGUCUAAAACAUGAAUUGUUUACGAGUCGUUUAAAAUACUUACGUCAUACUCCGAGCCUGAGAUUAUCGCUGGUAACUUUAGUCCAAAAGAUAUGCAUAGCCUCAGUUGCAUUCCCUCGCUAGUUCGCAAUAUUAUUACCCAUGGUGCAUUGUAAAUUCAAGUGUACAGCCAAUUUCUUUCAGCGCAAAACCUACUUAUUAGUAUAAAUAGUAUACAGUAUACAGUGCUGCUACUGAGAUCCCAGCUUAGUGAAAAUAACAAUAUGUCAUUUUUAUAAGGCUAUAUAUAUUUGCAGUAUAUGUUUUGACCCCAAAACCACAAAGUGUGGAUUUUAUAGUAGCCACCAGUUCAGAAAGUUUCCUGUCCCGCUGUUUUACAUGCACAUUUUACUUUAAUUAAAGGUCUAUAUAACAUCUUUUGCAUCAAUAAAGAUCAUUUGUUUCUACAUUUUGCAUUAAUUUAUCCAGUGAAAAUAAUGAAUGCUUGUAUGAAAGUGGAUAAUACACAAAUUAAUGAACAGAUCUACAGCUGUACAAGAUUCUACAAG